CGCUUCGCUCAUAAGGCGGUUUCAAGACCUAAGUUACUCUAGUGGACGGAAGAUUGGGGAGCGCGGAGGACAAGAUGUCUCGACUUUCGAUUGCUACAGAGGUUAGAGAAAUGGGACGCGCAGAGGAGACGACACAACCGUUGCCGGUUGCUUAGAUUUGCGGGAGGUCUGAGCCACGCAGGCGAGGCGACGCGGCGACCGCCUAAUCCUCUGGUGGGUGGGGUUUCACAACGAAUGCUGGUAUGAGAGAGAAGAACGACGACAAAUAGGCUAAUUUCACUCGCCGAAAUCUGGGUUCUUUUUUCCCCUCUCCUUUUGAUUAGAUUCGUAGACCCAUUUCACUUGAGAUGUUAUGCAUUUAAAAGGAGGUUCUCUGAUUUCUCCAAUUGCAGGUCUCAAUCAACAUGCAUACACCCUAACAUUAGCUUGGAUCUCUCUAAGAUUGGGUACGAAUCAGACAUCCAGGUAAUUAAUCUUUAUUUUUUCACAUUCAUGAAUAGAUGGGGAUUCUGUUCGGGUGCCUAAAUGUUGAUUACUUUGUUCGGGUGUCAAUUACUUUGUUAUGUUGCAAACGAAUUUGACUAAUUUUGCUUUCGUUUAUCACUAGUUCUUUCUCUUUGAAUACUGAAACGACCAUUCAUGCACCCAACAAUGCAUUCCCCUGCCUUUGCUCAUUGUUUAGAAAGAUGAUUUUUAAAGGUUAAUUGCAUAGCCUAACCAAUCCUCUAAACUAAAAAUUAAUUGCAAAAAAUAAUUAAGUAUUAUGAGCUAAAUAUUAAAAUGAGGUGUUGAUAUAUCUCCAACAAAAUUUAUUAAAAAAAAACAAACAUGUCCUUAAUUUGAUGUCUCUUCUUUUGCCUAAAAAAAGGCGGGAUUGUUUACUUCGUUUCCCACCACAAUAACUACAUCUAAUGCUUUACAUCCAUUAUUAAACCCUUCUCUCUAGAUUCAAGAUUCUCUAGAUUCAAGAUUCACCACAGGCAGAGACAAAGAAACCCAAAAGUCUAUUCCUUUCCUUUUUCUUCUCUGCCAUUCUUCUUCCCUCAUUGAUGACAUCUUCUUUGACUAGAUGGAAAGCAAAAGAAACACAUCCGUUCUCAUAGAGCAGAUUCUACACCUCGUGAAGGAGAGCAGAGUAACUCUCUGCCUCCUGUUCUAGACCGUCAUCAAGAGGGAUAAGAAGGCAGGAAAACCACUCCAGUUCAUGUUACUGAAACUCAGAGAACGGAAGAACGAACCCCUAUUUCGCUUGUCGAAGAAGAAUCAGAGCCGGAUGAUUAUAAUGCCCAUCACUCAACUGCGGAUCCUUUGUCUGAGGGUUCAAGUUCGAACGGUGAGACUUCUUCUGUCGUUGUAUGUUUAGUUUUUUGUUACAAAGUAUAAAAAUGAGCUAACAUGUGCUAGUUGUAAUAGGUACCAAAAAGAGAAGAAGAUGAGGUCCAGGAAAAGAAGUCAAACCUUGUCACAACCUCACCGUGGAAUUCCACGACAACAGGUCAGUUAGAUUAUGUGAUAAUUCUAACCCAACAAACCACUUUUCCAGUAGCAUUAGUUGCCCAUAGGAAAAAAGAUUAAGAAGAUUGCUCUAGAGUAUGAGUUUAGUUACUUGGAUGCGCCUUAUUUGUGUACUACUGUCUGUUUCUUUAUUGAGGUUGUAAUUAUCAUCACAAUCUGUAAAAUUUUAAUUAUUCUUAAUGGCCUCUGUAGGAUAAUCACCACUAAAGCAGGUCGCGAGAUAUUAACCAUAUUCAAAAGGAGCAUCACUAGGCCUUGGAUAAUAUUCUCAGAGUAUCCGGCUUAAGAGAUGCAGACUCUGAAAGCUUGUUUCAAGGAGUCAGGAUUUGCGUACACCGGUUCAGAAGAAAUGCUCAACCAAAUGGUCAAAGAAAACGUGAAGAGAAACUAUCCCCAGUGGACGUAUGGUAUCCGAAACCCGAUAUUCAGGAAGUACAAAGACCUGAAUGGUAGGCUCAACCAUCCACCACCCGAGAUAACUCCAUCAAUCUAGAGGGAAAUGGUCCAUACAUGGGCUAACCCGAAUUGGGUGGUAAGUUCUGCCAUUGCAAUAUGUACUUUUAUAGUGAUUUGUUUUGUGGUAACUUCAACUCCCUCCAUUUGCAAAGUGAAUUUAUUGUUGGUUUAAUUUAUUGUGCAAGAAACAAGUGAUAAGAAUAAAGAGAAUCGAGAGAAGAGUGAGCUUGCGGUUCAGCACAUUUGGCCAAGUACAAACAUGAGGCGGUAAGCUGCUGUAUUUUGAACUGUUUAUGUUAUGCAAGGCCAAUUCAAAUCACUUUACAUGUGUUUAAUGCCACAUUUUUGUAUUAAUUGUUUGUAGAUAAAACGAACUGGAAAAGAACCUGAUCCAAUCGAAAUGUUCCAGCUUUUCCAUGCGAAGAAGGACAAAAAUUGGGUUAGCUUAAAGGCAAAAGAGUUGCAUAAUGGUAUGAUAGAAGCCGAGGCUGCAAAGGUAUCUCAAGGGGAAGAUCUAAACAGAUUCACCAUCAUUCAAGAAGUGAAUGGAGCACAACACCCCAAUCGUGUUGUAUGGAUUGGAUAUGGGGUGAGCUCGGUUGAUGUCUUCAAUCCCCCGUCGAGUCAGGGUUGCAUCAAGUGUUGUCAGGAGGAUCAAACGAAAGAAAGGGAACAAAAUGAUGAGAAAAUGAAGAAGUUAGAGAAUGAGAUUGUAGAGGUAAGGAAUGCGAUCCCUCAAAUCGUUGAAGUUGUGUUGCAAAAACUUGGAGUGCGGCUGCUAGAGUCAUUCGACAUGGAUAUCAACACCAAAGCCAAUAGGGAAGAUGAUCGAGUUGGUGAAACUCAAGACAAUGAUGAGACUGGUGUUGCAUGAAUUUCUUUUAAUGUUAUCGUAGGAUUCUAAGUAUGGUGUCAAUUUUGGGAUAUUUCGUGUCAUUUUCGGAUGACGUUAAGAAUUUUGAAUUUUGGAUGUUUGGUCGCAGCUAAUGGGCACUUGUAAGACAUUUUAUUUAAGUCAAUUUUGGAAUAUCAUCUAUGCAUAAUCUCGGUUUCAUGAUUUUUCG